GUUCUAGCCUUUGCAACGAUGCAACGAUCUAGCGUGGUGGAUAAGGAAAUGGACAUUCCCGGCGGAAAGGCUGGACAAACUGUCCGUCCCUGUGGAGCGGCCGGCUGUUACGCUCCAGGCGGUCGCUACCCCUUACCUUCGUCCGUGAUAAUGACGGCCGUCACCGCCCGCGCAGCGGGAUGCGAGACUGUUGUAUUGUCAAGUCCCAAGCCAGCACCUAUUACUUUGGCGGCAGCCUAUCUGUCGGGGGCCGAUCACUUUUUGUGUGUCGGUGGGGCCCAGGCGAUUGCUUCCAUGGCCUACGGCAUUGUAGAUAGCGAUGUUCCACGAUGUGACGUUAUUUGUGGACCCGGGAACAAGUGGGUGACGGCAGCCAAGUCAAUCGUUAACGGACACUGUGGCAUUGACAUGCUGGCUGGCCCAUCAGAGGUUCUGGUGAUUUGUGACGACACGGCCAAUCCGGAGAUUGUCGCCGCCGAUCUCAUUGCGCAAGCGGAACACGACGUCGUCGCACGCGCGAUUUUGCUGAGUACAUCUGAUGCUAUCAUUGAGCAAGUAGAUGAAAAUGUGUCUAAGCAGAUUGAAGCAUUGCCAGAGCCCAACCGAUCGACGGCGCUGGAAGCGUUGAAGCAGAGCUUCGCGGUGAAGUGUGAGAGCCUCGAGCAGUGUAUUGCGAUCUCGGACGAUAUUGCACCGGAACACUUGGAAAUCCAAACUCGAGAUGCUAUGAAAGUUGGAGAGGCCUGCAACAACUACGGUGGACUUUUCAUUGGGGAACAUGCUGCAGAAGUGCUCGGGGAUUAUGGUGCUGGUCCGAACCACACCCUUCCCACUGGUGGUACAGGGCGAUAUACAGGCGGACUAAGCGUCUUUAAUUUUCUGAGAGUGCGGACCUGGAUGCGAGUUGACAACGCUGCAGCUAGUCAAACUAUGGUGAAUGACAGUAUCAUAAUGGCACGAUUGGAAGGUUUAGAAGGGCACGCCCGUGCUGCAGAGACAAGAAGUGUGACACAAACACCAGCAUUUAAGAAGCCCAGAAUGUAG